AUGGAAAUCGCUUCUCAAAUGGGUGAAAUGAGAUCGCGUUUAGCUGCUGAGACGGCUGAAAGAGCACAACUAAUUACAGCACUUCUACCUGCAGCACAGGAUGCAGCAGCAUAUGAUAUGAAAGAGAUGUUAAGUCGCUAUAAAGAAGUACUGAUGUUAAAUGAAGAACUUCUUGCUAAUUGCCACGUUCGGCGAGCAACACAAGAGCAGGCAGUUGCUUCUUUAAAGAAUCUUCAUACGAUUUUGCAACAGGCAUCAAGAUUGAGAGUUGGAAAAUACAGUAAAGCUGUUGUGGCUGCUAGUAGAAAGGCAGUAAAAGAAGACAAUGUUGAAGCGCUUAUAAAGAUAUUACAAGUUGGAGAUUCUUGA